AUGCCUGGCAUCGGGCAGGCAGCCGGCACCCCCCGCAAGGAAACCGCCGCAGCUGGGUAUACGCGGCAGGCGCCAGGAACGCCUGAAAACCUGACGAAUCAGCUGAUGCACAUGUUUGUGAAUGAAAAAACAGGAAAAAAUACUCUAGGAGAUGCUUUUUUUCCCCAGACUAUGGAGCUUUCUGCGCAGCAGGCGGACGCGGACGUGAACGCGAGUACGUGGGUUUCGGGUGUACGUACAGCUCAGGAUUCAACAACCUCCUCCCGCUCGAGUCUAGGAGCCCAAAUUCCGCCCGCAGAAGUAUUUGUUGAAGGUGUAUUGGAACCCAUAACUGGGGACUCAGGAGGUGGUGUUUCAUCGCGGCUAGAGAGGGAGGCGCUCUCACACGUACGCCGCUUGCAAUCAGUUCCCGUUUCUUAUCUAGAGGUGGAUAGGUUUUUGUGUUCUGUUGAGAGUUUUGCUCGUCGAUUCAAUAAAGAAGAUCAGUUGCUAGAGAUUGCUGAAGGCCAGAUGGAUGGAACGGUCCGCUAUUUCUACAGAAAAAGAAUGCAAAUGCUCCUACCUGGCCGCCAGAGAGACUAUCAAACAUUAGUUGAAGUUAUGUUGCGGCUACUGUGUCUAGGAAACCCAGAGGCUUUCUUACGGCGGGAGCUUCGGGGGGCCCCCCCUCAUAAGGCCCUAAAACUUUAUGUUGAAUUGGGGCUGUUGUAUGAUGCGUACACCCGGCUGUGUGAACGUACAAACACAGAAAUAAAAAGAACAGAAGAAUCUCUCGCACAGGAAUUCCUCAGCAGACUACCAAACAGACUGGCGGAGCAAACACGCAGAGUCGUGAGGACCGUUCCUUCUCCUAAUCUUUUUGUUUAUGCGGUUGUAGCUCGUACAGUUGACAGCCACAUGAACGGCAACUGGUAA